GUUGCAAUGUGGCGGAAACUACGAAAUUUGCAUCUUGGGCACGGCCCCCGGACGACGACGAUGAUGACGACGACGCGGAAGAGCAGCAGCAUCGCGCUUGAGUCGACGCACAUGUCCUUCGCCGACAUCAUCGGCGAAGAGAGCCUGCGCGGGCAGUGGCUCAGCCAAGGCCCGGUGCUCGAGCGCAUGGACGUCGUCGGCGCCGCCGUCGCCGCCAAGGUCGCCAACGGCCCUGUCGCGACCGUGAGCUUUGACCAAGUCGACUCGCACAAGCCCGUGUUCCAUGGCGACCUCUUCCGCCUCGAGGGCCGCGUCUUAAGCACGAGCAACUCGUCGACGGCCGUGCAGCUCACGGGGUACCGCGAAGAGAUGCUGACGGGCAAGGUCACGCACACCCACGACGCGAUCAUCACGUUUGUGGCCAUUGAUGCCAAGGGCCGGCCGCGCCCGGGGCUCCCGGCGCUCACGUCGUCGUCGCAGCCCGACCUCGUUGCGUUUCUGGCGGAGAAGGCCGUGCAUCGCAAGGAGCUCGCGACCACGUGGCGGACGUACCAGGAAGACGUGGACGCGAUGGCGCACAUCACCGAGGACAUGCUGCAGGUCUACCCGAUGUCGACGUCGCGCGAGUCGUUCGUGCCCGUGCGCGACACGCUCGUCGAAGUCAAAAACUGGUUCAUGCCCAAGCACCUCAACAUGAACAACACGAUCUUUGGUGGCGAAAUCCUCCAGUGGAUGGACCGCGUUGCGGUCUUUUGCGCCCGCAAGUUUACCCAGAACGUGUCCAUGGUGACCAUCUCGAUGAACCGCAUCUUCUUCAAGCUGCCCAUUACGCCCAUCGACAUUGUCAGCAUGAAGUCGCGUGUCGUCAUGGUUCGGCGCCAUACCCUCGAGGUCGAAGUCGAGGUCUUCAUCGAGCGCAUUGGCCAGAACGAGAAGCGCAAGUCCCACACGGGGUACUUCACCGUCAUCAACCUCGACGAAGGGCAACAUAAAAUGCCGCUCAAGCGCGGCCUCGCCGUCGAUGAAGCGGACCAAGAGAGCAUGCGCCACCUUCUCAAGGCGCAGAAGCGCUGGGCCUUCCACGUCGACGACCACCUGCUGCACCAAGUACCGCCGCUGCCACUGUCCCACGAGAACGCUGGCCCGACGCCGCCGCCCUCGCGCUUGUAA